AACGAAUUUCGUAUUGUGCGAAUUACUGCACGAAACUACCGACACAACGGCCGGUUCGUUGUUCGUUCCGUGGUUCCUUUCAUCUUUUGUAAUCUGCUUCGAAUUCGAAAGGUUCAGUUCUAAGAGCGAAACAAAUCUGAAUUGUAGUACUAUGACAACUGAUACAAAACGCGCUGGUGAUAACAGUGAUAUGGAAUCUGUUGAAGAUGAAGAUGAUAAUGAAACCACAGAGAUUCCUACAGACUUGUUAGCUGCUCUGCGAGGUCGUAUCUCUGCACCAGGGAUAGAGCAAAUGCAGUCUCUUCCAGCAACAGUAAAACGCAGAAUCAAAGCUUUAAAAAAGUUGCAAGUUCUUACAACAAAUAUUGAAGCGAAGUUCUAUGAGGAGGUACAUGCUCUAGAAUGUGCUUAUCACAAAAUGUGUAUUCCUCUUUAUGACAUGAGGAAAGAAAUAAUAUCGGGCGAUUAUGAACCAACGGAUGAACAAUGCGAAUGGGAAAGUGAUGAGGAUGAAGAAGCAUUAGCUAAUGAUAUGAAAACAAAAGCGAAUCUCGAAGAAGAUAAAGAGCAAAAGAAAGAAGAAAGCGAGAAAGAAGACGUUAAAGGCAUCCCCGAAUUUUGGUUGACAAUAUUUAAAAAUGUUGCACCACUGGCUGACAUGGUUCAGGAGCACGAUGAACCGAUAUUAAAACAUUUGUAUGAUAUUAAAGUUAAAUUCUUUGAAUCUAAUCCAAUGGGCUUUAUUCUUGAGUUCUAUUUUGAAUCAAAUGAAUAUUUCACCAACACUACUCUAACUAAAGAAUACAUUAUGAAAUGUACUCCUGAUGCAAAUGAUCCAUUCAGUUUUGAAGGUCCUGAAAUCUACAAGUGUAAGGGAUGUGUAAUUAACUGGAAAAAGGGAAAGAAUGUUACUGUCAAAACAAUUAAGAAAAAUCAGAAACAUAAAUCCUUAGGAUCCGUACGAACUGUAACAAAAACCGUUCAAAACGAUUCUUUCUUCAACUUUUUCAGUCCACCAGUUGUGCCAGAUGAUACGGAAACAGAAUUAGAUGAAGAAACACAAGCUUUAUUGGCAAGUGAUUUUGAAAUUGGUCAUUAUAUUAGAGAACGUAUAGUUCCUAGAGCCGUACUAUACUAUACAGGAGAAGCCUUGGAAGAUGAAGAUGAAGAUUACGAAGAAGAGGAAGGUGAUGAGGAUGAUCCCGACGAGGAGAAUGAAGAUGACGAGGAGUUCUCACUAACCAAUGCGCCAUCAGGUGGGAAACAACAAGGCAAUGACCUUUCCGAGUGUAAAACACAGUAGAAUACUCUAACAAAUUCAAAAUAAGAAAAAGAUCGUUCGUGCGUAUAGUAAGAAAACAAAAAGAAAAAAGCAAAAAGAAACACUAACAAAACCUGACCGAUAACUGCCUAGAUAUCCUGCACCUGUGGUUCCAAAGUAAUCCCUGUUUGUAUCAGUCAUCUAAUCAUAUCAUAUUUCCUAUUCCAGAUCAAGCUUAAAACUCUUCAACAUACCAAUGACAAAAUUAUGCGUACCCUCCCUUUAUCCAACAUUGACGGUGAAAAGAAAUACGGCUUAUUGACAGCUAUGAUUGUCGUAUAGAUAUAUACAAACAAACAAAAAACAAACGAAAUGCGCUCUCAGCUCUAUACAAAUAAUCAUUGUCAUUUUUAAUUGCUUCAUUUUAUACUAUAUUGUUACGUUUAUAUACGAAGAAGAUAGUUGAAUUUUUUUCAAAACGCACGUUGACUUAUGGAUAAAUUUUUCGGUACUGUUAAAGCAUUUUUAAUAUAAAACUUGUGAAAACUGGA